AAAUAAUAAUAAUAAUAUGUUCUUAUGUAUUGGAGAAACAGCAAGAGAAAAACAAAAGAGCAUGCAGAAAAUUGGGCAUCUCGUGCUGUCUAUAUAUGUUGGGGUAUGAAGCCAAACUGGCCUGGGAGAAAAACUGACUGCCAAUAAAAAAUAAUUAAUGGCGACUUACUGCCGACAAUGGCUGCCGCUGCUUCUUCUCCUCUUACCUCUCAUGGAGUCAUCAGCUUCUCGUUUUUUGGAGGACUCUUCUCCCUCGCCGUUUCCGCCCAACUUUUUCUUCGGCACUUCUUCCUCUUCUUACCAGUAUGAAGGGGGUUAUUUAAGUGAUGGUAAAAGUCUAAGCAACUGGGAUGUUUUCAGCCAUCAACCAGGAAAUAUCUUGGAUGGAAGCAAUGGAGAUGUUGCGGCUGAUCAAUACCACUUGUAUCAGAAAGAUGCAAAUCUAUUAGCGUCUCUGGGAGUUAAUAGUCACAAGUUAUCAAUAUCAUGGUCUCGAGUUUUGCCAAAAGGAAGACAUGGAAACAUUAAUUGGGAGGGGAUCAACUACUAUACAAAUCUCAUUGAUUCUCUCCUGCUCAAAGGAAUCGAGCCAUUCGUGACUAUAAAUCAUUAUGAUCUCCCUCAAGAACUCCAGGACCGAUAUCAAGGUUGGCUCAGCCCUGAAAUGCAGGAAGAGUAUGCAUACUUUGCAGAUGUGUGCUUCAAGCAUCUUGGUGAUAAAGUGAAGUACUGGAUUACCUUCAAUGAGCCCAACAUGUGGACCAUUGCUGCUUAUAGGUGGGGGUUGUGGCCACCAAAUGGUUGUUCAUCACAACCCCAUGGCAACUGCAGUGAAGGAGAGCCUUUAAUUGUAGCCCACAACAUCAUCUUAGCCCAUGCUGCUGCUGUCAAUAUUUACAGAAAAAAUUACCAGAAACAACAAGGAGGAGGAGGUCAAAUAGGAAUUUCACUGCUCUUUUACUGGUUUGAACCCAUGACCAACUCCACUGCAGACAAAGCAGCAGCUGAGAGAGGUCAUUCCUUCAUGUCAAACUGGUUCUUGGACCCAAUCAUAUAUGGAUCAUAUCCCAAAGAUAUGAAAGAUCUUUUGGGGUCAAAUUUACCAGAGUUUUCAAAUACUGACCUGGAAAAGUUGAAAGCUGGAGGGUUGGAUUUUAUUGGAAUCAACCAUUACACAACCUAUUAUGCCCAAGAUUGCUUGUAUUCUACAUGUGACCCUUCUAUGUCAGGGAACACCAGAGAAGAAGGUUUUGUUGGGCAAAGUCUAUCCAAGAAUGGCAACUUUAUUGGGGAACUGACAGGGUUGCCAUAUCUAGCUGUUUAUCCACCUGGAAUGGAGAGAGUAGUAACUUACGCGAAAGAAAAAUUUCCAGACAUACCACUUUAUGUAACAGAAACCGGUUAUUGUGACACAACCACUCCAAAUUCUAGCAUUGAAGAAGUGUUGCAUGAUACUAAGCGGGUCAAAUUCUUAGCUGAUUAUCUACAUGCUGUUGGAACUGCCAUCAGGAAAGGAGCAGAUGUGAGAGGCUAUUUUAUUUGGUCUUUGUUUGAUAACUUCGAGUGGACGAGUGGAUACACAAAGAGGAUGGGGCUUUACCAGUUUGAUCGUGCCACACAAAAGAGAACUCCAAAAUUAUCUGCAAAAUGGUAUAAACAGUUCAUUGCAAAGAAUCAGAAAGUUGAUAGUAAAAUGCAGUCGAGAAAUAUGAUGCUUCAUCAGAAUCAAUGAAAUAUGUAGUUUAUGUGUAAAACUCUACAAGUCCACAGAUCGAACUGUGUAGUAAUAAAUAAUUGAGUAGAGUAUCAAUGCCAUAAGGGCAAAUUUAUUGCUAAAUAUUAGAAUUGUAAUGUUUUAUAUUUUAUUUUACCAAAUGAAAAUUCAAGAACUAGUUUGAAAAUAUUACAAUACAAGUAGAGUAUUGAGAGAAAAUAAUGUGUUUAGGUUGAUU